UACUCUUUAGUAGUAUAGAGCUGCAAGAAGAAGCUUUACUCUCAUUAUACCCAUAACCCAUCCCUCUCUAAAAUCAACCAAUAUUAGAUAGAAUCAUUUAAUCAUUAAACAAUACCCAGUCACAGUUCCAUCUCUCUCGAUCUCGACUACCAUUCCUCCUCUCCGAUUUGCUCUCUCGGCAAAGGGUCUCCACCUAUUUGUGAUACACAGAUGGCGUUGAGAAGAUUAUUGGGGUUUUCAGAUGGCGAGCUGAUGAGGUCGGAUGCAAAACCUUGUUCAAGAUUGAUGAGACACACUGCUGGACUUUUCAGCGUUGGUGGAGGAAUGGCAUUCUGGAUUCUUUGUCGAUUACAUUACGGUCCCAGAAUUACUGUUCCAAGGAGUCUCCGGUGGGCAGCUUGUGGAGCUGUUUCGAUGGGCUCAACCACAGCACUGCUGGUACGCUUGUUGAGUGCAGAGUGUGAACCCCAAAACAUAGCUGUUUAUGACAAGGGAAAGUAGCCUUUUGACUUCUCAAUUACUGCCAUCAAUGUAUGAUCUUAGCCUGUAUUGAUCUGUCUUCAAAAACAAAAAACUUUCAUAUGGGGGCUAAUGUGUAAGCAAGUAUGUCAUGAGAGUUGACAUUGAUGUGUUUUUUAUUUAUUUAUUCAUAUAACAUUCUGCAUAAUGAUAUAAACGUUUGAGGUCUAAAUAAAUGGUGGUAGAUUUUCUUGUGUA